AACUCGGCGUCACGCUCGCGCUGCGUAGGAGAGAAUCCCAUAACACACACUAUACACUCCACAUCCCGUCAUAACGCACCUCAGCUCAGCUCAGUGUCUAAUACACGACUGAAACACACAAACACACAAACACCUACAGCGUUCCGGUACCAACCAGGACCCUGUUCCAUCAUGCCGUUCACGUCUCGUGCAGGAAAAAUAGGAUUGUGGACGGUUUCGGAAGAUGAAGAUUGCAAAGGAGACCGGAAGACAAGAAAGCCGCUGGUGGAGAAAAAGCGGCGCGCGCGCAUUAACGAAAGUCUACAGGAGCUCCGAGGGCUGCUGUCCGACACCGAGUUGCAUGCAAAGAUGGAGAAUGCAGAAGUGCUCGAGCUCACGGUGAAGCGGGUGGAAAACAUCCUUCGGGAUCAGUCACAUGAGACGGACAGCAUGAGUCGCGAGGCCAGUGAGCGGUUCGCAGCGGGCUACAUCCAGUGCAUGCACGAGGUCCACACUUUCGUGUCCACAUGCUCCGGUAUCGACGCCAUCGUAGCGGCGGAACUACUCAACCACCUGCUGGAGUGCAUGCCGUUAAAUGAGGACCUGCAGGACUCAAUUCUUGAUCUAGAAUCCGAGCUUGUGUCUCCUACGCGUGCGAGACCGCAAGUCAGUUCACCGGGAGCGCGCGCGCCGGCUCUGUCCCCGAACUCUACCACCAGCGGCGCUGAAGAGGAUCCAAGCUCCGACCUGGAGGAGAGCUUCAGCGAGUCAGCUCCGGGGACUGCGGCAGAGCACGUGGAGGAGCAGGAGGAGGAGCACCGGAGUAAAGCCGCCGCCCCCCAUUGUACAUCCAUGUGGAGACCGUGGUAGAGUCGCUGCAGGACAUCACUCUGUUAUCCGCACUUCUGUUGUGACCUUCAGGUUUAUAAAGUGUAUAAAGUUUCACAGAACAAAAUCACUACUGACUUAAAUUUAUUUAUUUAAUUUUUUUAGCUUUCUCUUUUUGGUAUAAUUUAAAUCUCAGUAUAUUUUAAAUGCAGAAAAAUAUGUAGCUUUUUCAACCUAAAGCACCAAUAAACAGAUUAAUGAUUUAUUUAUAGAUGAGUUUUAUAGCUGGUAGUAAAUAUCAUUAUAUACUUUAAUACUGAUUAUCUGUUUAUGUCCUGCAUGUAAAACGUUAUUUAUGAAAUUAAGGUGAUAUUUUAAGCAGGUCUGUAGCAAUAUUGUAAUUGUUUUAUUUGCAUUAUUUUUGUUUAGUUCCUAUCCUAGUUAUAAUAGACUUUUGCAAAUGUUAAUAAUAAAG